CGAGGAUUUGUUCUAUGCGAAAACUUGCGCCCGAAUUCUGACCGGUAUUAUACAUGAUGAAAACACACGUAUAAGUGAACUGCGUCAGUAUCAAUUUUGCAGCGCAUUGGAAAUCAACUUUCAUUCCGGGCUCCGUGACCAAAACAUACCCCCUGCUAGCCCCAUCAUUGGCCCACCUUUGUAACCCGUCAGGUUCGAUUAAUCUUUGCUGACUGGGGAGUAGGAUUCGUUUGGGAAGAAGAUGACUGAAAAAUCCGAAGAUGUCAAAGGAGAGAGUUCAGUCGGUGUUGAGGCAGACACGAGAGACGGCCGGCAGCGGGCGGGAAGGCUUCAAGACCAGCCGCUGAACGCAAGCACCGUCGCUCAGGCCGCCAUGGGAAAGCGCGGACGGGACCGCAAGAACGGCCGAGCCGCGGCGAUCGGCGAGGAAGGAGUCCUCAUCACAACUUCAUCAACAUCACCGCCGGAGGACGAGGUCAAGAAGCAGAAGAAGAAGAAGAAGGGGAGUUUCUGGAGGUCUCGUGGCAUGGUCCUCUUCGUUGUCUUCAUGGCAUUGCUGCUGGACGAAACGCUGAUGACGGUGAUUGUGCCGAUAGUUCCCGACUAUCUACUGAACCACUGCAUCCAAGAAAGAUGCGCAGAACUGAAUACAUCCACACCGAAAUGCCAAGCGAUGGACGCUCAAGGAGCAAGCAGCAACAUGGACUCAACCUCCGCAAUGGCGCCCUCUACGGAUUCAUUUGGUGUGAUGUGGACUCCGCCCACUUUUUCCGCGAGUCCCGUCCACGUGGCUUCGGCCACGCCUACGGUGGGCGGGUCUACGGAAUAUUCUGUUACGGGAUUCGCGGAUGAUGCUUUUGCUACUUCUCUACCGCCUUCGACGACAGUUGGCGUCAGUGAUGACGUCACGAAUACGUCAAACACAACAUCAGAUCUGACGACACCAAAUGUCGACGCCACGGUGCCUGGAGCGCCCUCUUUUGAGGAUGAGUGCCAGGUGGACAUCGUUCCCAAAACAGGCAUUCUAUUCGCCUCCAAGUUCAUCGUUCGCAUCGCUUUGAGCCCCUUAAUCGGAUCUUUUGCACAUAAGAUUGGAUUCGCUCUGCUUCUGUUGUCCGGAUGCGUAAUCAUGAUCGCAUCGAGCCUCGUUUUUGCUUUUGGUGUGUCCUACGAGGCGUUACUCACCGCUCGCAUCAUCCACGGAUUUGGAGCUACACUCAACGAAAUAGGAGGUCUCGGUCUGUUGGCCUACAAGUAUCGUAACGACGAACAGAAACGAGGCUUCGCCCUCGGCCUCGCUAUCGGAGGAUUCGCAGCAGGAACCCUAAUUGGACCUCCGCUUGGCGGGAUUUGCUACGACUUCCUCGGCAAGGAAUCGCCGUUUCUGAUCAUGGUCGGAUUUUUCGUCGCGCUCGGAGUUUUGGAGUUGGCGGCGCUCAACCCUUGCACCAAACACCGGCAAGUUGUGAAAAAGGAAACUCCCUUAUACAAACUUGUCUUGGACCCCUACAUACUGGGAGCUGCCGGUGCUCUGAUGAUAGCAAGUGGCGUAGUAGCACUCCUGGAGCCCACGUUACCCAUCUGGAUGAGGCACAAUAUCCAUCCGCCGCCUGACGCAUGGCAACUAGGUGCUGUAUUUCUGCCCUCUGGCGUGUCUUACAUCAUCAGCAGCACUAUCAUGGGAUACCUGGGCUAUAAAAUCGGCAGGUGGUCUUUGUCCAUGUUUGCUCUGGUUGCAUUGGCAGCAAGUGUUGCCGCAGUUCCAUACACUGGCACGUUCGUGGAACUCAUCGGCCCUAUGGUUGGCACAGGGUUUGGUUUUGGCACGGUUGACACCGCAAUGACCGCCAUGUUGAAUUCCCGAGUUGACGUCCGCCACAAGGGGGCGUAUGGGGGUGCUGCAGCCAUCUCCACCUUUGCCUUCUGUCUUGGUUUUGCAAUUGGGCCGAGUGUAAGCGGGUUUCUGACCAACGCCAUUGGAUUUAAAUGGUUGAUGAGAGGUAUAGCGGUCAUCACAAUCAUUUAUGCUCCGAUUUGCAUCGCCCUCCGUCGCCCAGGCAACGCCAAUCAGAACGCAGCAAACAACAACAAUAAUGGAUUGACAUCCGGGAGCCGGACUGAUGACGUCAUGGAUGACCAAGAGGUCAUUCCUAUUCCCGCCAUCUCGAGGCGUCUCUCCAGGGUUUGAGGGAGUGCAUGGUGUCUUUGAGGCUAAGUUUGUAAUCGUAUGGAAUUCGUGAAUACAAAGUACGCCCUCAGCGGUAUGAAGCAGUGGCACUUGAGGACAAUUAACCCACUUGAAAAGCGCCCUCCAGGUGUCGAUUAUAAUCUUUAA